AUGGCUGAUUCUGGUGGUGGUUGUCUUGAUGCUUUUUGUCGUGCUUUUCGUGCUUGUUGUCUUCCGUGCGAUAUUAUUUGUUGUAACGCUUGUGGUUUUGAUCCUGAUAAUGGUGGUGGUUUUUGUGCUAGUUGUGGUGAUUGUUGUCGUAAUACUGAUGGUAUAAGUGCAUGUCUUGAAUAUAUUGAAUUUUUUUCUAUAACAUCACAAAAUAAAUCUUUAGCUAUUGUUGCUAAUUGUUGUAUACAUAUAUUAAUACGUAAUGAUUUUAAUUAUAUUCGUGAACAUUUAGAAAAUCUUUCAAAUCGUUUACGUUCGGAUGAUAAAAAAACUGUUGAACAUGUUUGUACAAUAUUUUCACGUUUAGUUGAAAAUUUUCAUCGUGAUUCAUUAAUAUUACGUGAAAUAGCAUCAAUGCAAUUACUUAAAACAAUGCAAACAAUGCUUGUUAUACAACCAUCAUUAUUAAAUAGUAUAACAUUUGUUAGUAUAAUUCAUAUGUUUUUUAUUUUUUCGGCAUAUUGUCCAAUACUUGCUGUAACAUUACUUAAAAUGAAUAUAGCUGAUACAAUAAUAUAUUUAUUAACGGGUACAAAUGAAAAUAAAUCAAUAAUAAAAUCAAUUCCAAUAACAUAUAAAUCAGCAGCAUUAUCAACAAAUGAAAUAAUAUCAAUGAAUAUAUCAUCAAUACAACAAACAAAUAAUAUUGAACUUAUAUCACGUACACCACAAGAAUUAUAUGAAAUUGUUUCAUUAAUUGGUGAAAUGAUGCCACGUUUACCAAGUGAUGAUCCAUUAUUUCAAGUUGAUCAAUUAUUUCGUCGUAGUAUUUUAUCACAUAGAGCUUAUGAUGCUACUUCAAAUAGUUAUGUUCUAUGGCAUUGGCAAGAUGAUCAAGGUAUUGAUUUUUCAAGGAAAUAA